AUGUUGUCCUCUCUUGCUGGUGCGGUCGUCUUCAACAGCCUCUUGGGAGGCGUCCUCGCCCAUCCUACAGUCGACCAUGACAGUCUUCUGAGACGAUACACUCCUGAUGAGGUCAUCCGCCGCGAUGUGGCAAUCAUCGGUGGUGGCUCUUCGGGAACGUACUCAGCCAUCCGCCUCAAAGACUCUGGCAAGAACGUCGUAGUGGUCGAAGCCAAGGACGUUCUCGGCGGACAUACUGAAACAUAUUUCGACGAAGCAACAGGAAGAUACCAUGACUAUGGCGUCGUCGCCCUGGCCAAUGACAGCAUUGUCAAUCCCUACCUCGAGCGCCUCGGUAUCCCCAUGAUUCCAGUACCAACGGGAGGCCCUUCGUUGAAGACGGUUUACUUCGACUUUGAGCAGCAACAAUUGCUCAGUAACUAUACUCCUGACAUUGAUGCGGAGGCUCUGCUCCGUUGGAGUGAGGCAGUCGCUCAGUACCCGUUCCUCGAGGAGGGAGGUCUGGAGAACGUCCCGGUCCCGGUCCCUGAGGACCUUUUACUCCCCUUGGACGAGUUCCUUGAGAAGAACGGAAUCGGUGACCCCGAGUUUCUGCACCAUGACUACAACCAGGGAGUCGGCGACCCUCUCAGACAGACCACACUUUAUGCUGCUAAGCUCAUGAACGCGAGGACAUUCGAGUGGAUUACCAACGGCUGGCUUACACACGCCAACGGAAACAACCACGAUAUCUACGACAAGGCCUUGGAGGUCCUCGGUGAUGACGCUCUUCUUGGAACUCGCGUGAUUUCCAUGGAUCGCAGUGGAGACCUUGUUCGCGUUCUUGUCCAAACACCUUCUGGCAUCAAGCUCAUCGAAGCCGAGAAGCUGCUGGUGACCAUUCCUCUCUUUCCCUACAACUUGGAGGGCUUUGACUUGUCGCCCGAUGAGUCCCAGCUGUUCAGCCAGUUCAAUGCCACUGGAUACUACACGGCCAUUUUGAGGAACACUGGACUGUCAAAUGACAUUCGAGUUAACAACAUCGGCUCCAAGAACCCGUACCAACUGCGGAAAUUCCCUGGUGCCUACGCAUACAGACCUGCGGGCAUUGAUGGUCUCUUCGAUGUUACUCUUGGGUCCCAAGGCUUCCUUCCAGACGCGUAUGUCAAGUCGAUUGUUGUUGACGACUUGAAGAGCCUCCAGGAGGCAGGUGUCAUUUCGAAAGAUGUUGAUGUUGAGAAGACCGAAUUCGUUCGGUAUGCAGCGCACAACCCUUUCACCCCCACAGUCUCGGCGGAAAACAUUCGGAACGGCUUUUACAAGAAGCUUUUCUCCCUGCAAGGUCAGCGACACACCUAUUACACUGGUGGUUCAUGGUCCAUCCAGGAUUCCAGUGGACUGUGGCGCUUCACGGAGGAGAAGGUCCUUCCCCUUGUUCUUGAGUAA